AUGGCCAGCGGCCUGACGACAGGAUAUAUGGCGUUUAACGAGCUGCAGCUCCUUGUGCUUCAGGAAACCGGGUCUGCAGAGGCGCGGCAACAGGCCGAAGCCGUAUACCGCAUCGUUCAGGGGAAUCGGCAUCAGCUCCUGGUGACGCUGCUCCUCUGCAAUUCACUAGCCAUGGAAGCGCUCCCCCUCUUCCUCGAUCGGCUUUUCACGCCCCUGCUUGCUGUCCUCAUUUCCGUCACUGCCAUUCUUUUCGUCGGAGAGAUUUUGCCUCAGGCACUGUGCACAGGAAAAUAUCAGCUGCGGAUUGCUGCGGCCCUUGCUCCAACCGUGCAGUUGCUGAUCUUCCUCUUUGCGCCGGUCGCCUACCCAAUCGGCAAACUCCUCGACCGGUUCGUCACGACGGAGAAUCGGGCGACUCUCUACGCUCGCUCUGAUCUCAAGGCAUUGAUUGGUCUACACCAGAAUGAUCGUCGCCGACCGCUGUUGCUUCAGCACACCAUAGAGCAGCAAGCGCGUCUCGCCCGAGACGGCGAGUCUUCGCACCGGGGCCGCUCACCUUCCUCAGGACAAACUCGUGUCCCCGGUGCGAAGGUGACGCCCGUGGCUCUUGCAGUGCCGGAUGUUGUCGAAACCCUCGGCAGUGCAGGAUCAACACAAGACGGGAAAGGUCGCGCGACAGGCCCCUCUUCUUCCCAGAGCAACAAGGGUCGGAGGGAAAAAGCCGACACGGCGGGCGCGGGUGCGCCGCGGAGCGUCGGCGACGGGGAAGGAACCGAACGAUGGGCGGGCGAAGAGAGUGCAGGGAAGGGGCUGCGAUUCAGUCCCGGAGGGCGCAGGACGGUCUGUUCCCAGAACGGUUCUGCUGGGCCGAACGGAGAAAAGGAAGGAGAGAGUAGAGACGAGACUCUGCAAGACCCAGAGCAGCACCCGUCGAAGAAGGGGCAAGAUGGAUUACAUGCCGCUCAAAACGACGGUGGGGAGCCGGAGGGAAGAGCGCAAGAGACGCGAGAAGAUCUGGAAAGAGCAGUUGGACUGAAUCGCGACGAAGUUCUGAUCAUGCAAGGCGCUUUGGAUAUGGCUUGCAAGAGUAUCUGCGACUUCAUGGUGCCUCUUCACGACGUCUAUAUGCUUGAAUGUUCGAUGCGGCUGACCCGCGAGCUUCUGGUUGAUGUUCUGCGGAAAGGUCAUUCCCGUAUUCCGGUCUACGAGGGCCGUCGCUCUAACGUCCGAGGCGUACUGCUGGUGAAGAGUCUCAUUCUCAUUGACCCAAAAGCGGGCAUCAGGAUCCGCGAUCUGAUGCGAGGGCGAACCUUCCGACGUCUGUGCACGCCGUUGUUCGUCGCUCCUUCUGCGAACCCGUACCAACUUUUGAACGAAUUUCAAGAGGGACGCUGUCACUUGGCUUUCGUGACCAAUGACGUCGCAGCGUAUCAGCAAGCGUGGAAACAGAACGUGGACGUUCCUACGACUGUGGAUCUCCUGGGGAUCGUGACUCUUGAGGACGUGAUAGAGGAACUCAUUCAAGAGGAAAUCAUGGAUGAGUUUGAUAAGCGCGUGACAGGAAUAGGGCCCUCGGCGGCUCGUGUUCUGGGCUCGGCCAGCAGCGUCCACUCUGGGGUGCUUGCAGCGACACCGGCCAUGCCGAGGUUUCGCGCGAUGGACACCUCCGAUUUUCUUGGUCUGGAGCCCCAGUGCGAAGGGUCGGGCAUCGACGUUUCCGAGGGACUGGGCACUCGCUCAACUACAGACGUUUACUAUCCAGCUGUACGUGCGUCGAGCGCUCUGAGUCGUUUUGCAUCUUUUUUUGCUCUGGAAGAGGCUGCCGCGUGCGCGUCCCCCUCAUCCCCGUUUCUUGGGACCCUUCCGCAUCUUGGGAGUCGAGCGGCGCUUCUCUUCACUGCUGAUCGAGCGCCCGGGCCAGGCACCGGAGAUCAGGCCAAAGACAAGCUGGAGACGAACAACUACGAACGGUUGGCAAGACUGACAAAGUCGAAGACGUCGGAAUAUCCUUAUCAAGGGCGACGGCGCUCCACGUGGGUGUCCGGCCGUGCUGCUGACACUCCAGGUCGCGUCAUUGUUCAAACCGAGGAGGGGCUGGAAGGACCGCGAAGGAUGCCCGCGUCGGUGCAAGUGGGUCAACGCGGCAAAACGCACCAGCAGAGUGAUACUCAGAAGAAGCUAAGCCAGGAUUCUCCAGGAACUCGGCCCUCUACCUGA